UUCAGAGAGGUUCGUAAAGCGUAGAUUAGAAUUCAAUAGUCUGACUUGACUGAAAGUUGAGUGAAAGUUAAGGUUGUGCAUAAAAAGCCACACAAAGGCAUCGGGGUAAAUACUUAAUUUUAUAUAAUUAUAAUAUACAGCUGAACAGAGCCGAAGAUGAACACAGGAUUGAAGUAUUGGAAGGAGGCUGCGACAGUCAUUCUAGCUGCUAGGACUGGAUGUACUAACGUUAGACAUGUUGUCGACAGUCUGAAAACAAGUGAAAUCGCUUCGACUAACCUUGCUAAAUCGGACAUGACACACAAGACUUUUGAUUAUGACCCUUUUGAUUUUGAGGUGUUGUUGCUGAAGCGAAGUGGCAAAAGUGGGUUUAUGCCAAAUGCUUACGUUUUCCCCGGAGGUGUGGUUGAGCCCUCAGAUUUUUCCAGCGAUUGGCUUGAGACAUUUAAAUCGUUCCGACACUGGCCACAUUUUGGUUUGGGGUUUGUCAAACAAGCGCCGGAGACGAGACCGGUCAUUUUUGCUACUGACAGACUAAAACUUGGUUCUACCAUUCCGAGUGCUGUAGCUUUGAGAAUCUGUGCCAUACGAGAGACCUUUGAAGAGUCAGGAAUACUUCUGGUUGUUCCUAAAAGCGAGGAGCAUAAUGUUAAUGACCAGCACCAUCGUGGAAACAAUAUUUCGACUUCGCUCACAAGGCUAAAUGAGCUGUGCGAUAAGGGCGAACUGGCUAGGUGGAGGUCUUUGGUAACAGAGAAUCCUCUUAAUUUCAUCCGUAUGUGUAGAGAACUGGACUGUAUGCCCAAUAUAUGGGCCAUGCAUGAGUGGGGUAACUGGUUGACACCCAUAGGACUCAAGACGAAACGGAGAUACGACACUGCAUUUUUCAUCUGCUGCUUGCAGGAGGUCCCACAUACCCUUCAAGAUGAAAAGGAGGUCAUACACUUUAAGUGGUCCAGUCCGCCUGAGGUGCUGCGGGGCUACCCGGCUCGGGAGCACUUUAUAGCGCUACCACAGAUCUAUGAACUGGGCCGAAUGUGUCAGUUUCCACAGCUGCGCGACCUGCACAGCUUUUCCCGCACGAGAGCCGCGGAGGGCUGUGAGCAGUUUCUGCCUGUGCGACUGGUCUCCACCGACUGUCACGUGUUCCUCCUGCCCGGUGAUGAUCUGUACCCUGAGAAUGUGGAGCUGUUGGAGGAAAGAGGAGCGGACCUGAGCACAGAGAAGCGUUUUGAGCUGCUGCAGCAGGAGAGCUCGGCUCUGCAUCGCAUGGCGUGCUUCGACGCGUACACCGUCACCGUGCACAUGAGCAUCACGCCCAAGUACAAACAUCUACCGCCCAAGUACAAACAUCUACCGCCCACCGGAGACCCUCCUGAGCCCAGCGCGUCAGGACUCAAGAGCCAGCUCUGAGAGAGGCAGGGGCUGCAUUUACUCAGGGAAUUACAGAUGAGCUGACCCCUACGCGGAAGUACAUGAUCAAACCUUUUUGAUUGUCUUUACAUGAUAGUGUAAAUUAUCACAAGCAAAGGUUAGUCGUGUGCGAGACAGACAAAGUCAAAAUUGUGUGUGUAAAUUUGACCUUACACAUAAUAGGCAUCAUAAAAUUUCAGCAUAAUUUGGCUAAAUAUGAAUAUGAAUGGCUAAAUAUCAGUUUAGUCUGCCCUCAUAUAUGAGCAGAGUUCAUUUGAUAAAGAAAGAAAACGCUGACUUUUGUGAUGGCUUCCUAAAUCUUUUGUAAAUAUGUUUGGAAUUUGACGUAAAUCAUUUGAUCAGUGAUAUUACUUAUUGUCUACAUAUUGUCUACCAGUCACUCCUAUUUUCUGAUAACGAUUAUGAGUCAGUACAUUAGCUAAGUAUGUAUGAAAACACUACUCAUUAAUGUAGCCAUGUUGAUGUCAACAAAUCACACCCCUUUCAUUUGAAACAGCCUUGCAAAUAUAGCUUAGUAACGUAUUUGAUUACAGUAUUACUUUAAAGGUGUUUUUUUCAAUGGUUUAACUUUAAAAAGUGGACAAUUUUAAUGAAACUUGUUUCCUGGGCCUUUUUUUUAGGGAUUUCUCGCAUU